ACCGUUCGCACGGGGAAUUACAAUUUCUUAGGCUAAAUAUUCAUUGCAUAAAUUAAGAAAGAUGAGUUAUCAUCGAAGUAACAAUGCUAAGAAGCAAAAAGGAUUUGGAUUUGCUGGAUUUCAAAUGUCAAGUACUAAACGUACGGGAGCAGCUAUACCUCCUGUGCCACAAAAUUCAGGUUUCAGUAAACAGGGUUACCAUACAAUGAAUUCUAUUACUGAAAAUGCCUUAUCAGCUUGUUGGAGUGCGCCAAAAAAACAUAACAAAACAGAAGAAGAAUAUUUUGACGAUGAUGAAGAAACUGCGACAUCGUCAACUUUAGAAUAUAUUCCGGCUCCGGGUUCGCCGACGUAUGAAGAGCACAUGAGAAAAAAUCAAAAGCAGGAUAGCGAUAGCGAAGAGGAUCCUCUCGAUGCAUUUAUGGCUGGUAUCGAUGCUGAAAUUAAAAAAAGUAAAUUCUCCGAUUCAGAAGAGCGUAAAGAUGAUAAACAUAAGGGUAUUAGAGCGGAUAUCGAUGGAGAAGAUGACGAAGAAAGUUAUUAUCGUUAUAUGGAAGAAAAUCCAAAUGCUGGUGUUCACGUAGAGGAUUCCGAUCAAGAAAUUGAGUAUGACGAGGAUGGAAAUCCUAUCGCUCCUCUCAGGAAGAAGGAAAUAGAUCCAUUACCCGCUAUCGAUCACACCGUAAUACCUUAUGAAGCAUUUGAGAAGAACUUUUAUAUUGUACACGAAGAUAUCGCAAACUUAAAUAAGCAACAGAUAGAUGACCUGAGAAAGACUUUAGGCAUUAAAGUGACAGGACCAUCUCCGCCCAAUCCGGUGACAAGUUUUGCGCAUUUUGGCUUUGACGAUUCCUUAAUGAAAGCCAUUCGAAAGCACGAGUAUACUCAACCAACACCAAUUCAAACGCAGGCUAUUCCAGUAGCCCUUAGUGGACGAGAUGCUAUAGGUAUUGCUAAAACCGGAAGUGGAAAGACAGCUGCAUUUAUUUGGCCAAUGCUUGUACAUAUAAUGGAUCAGAAAGAAUUAUCCUCUGGCGACGGACCAAUUGGACUUAUAUUAGCACCUACCAGAGAAUUGUCACAGCAGAUUUAUCAAGAAGCGAGGAAAUUUGGAAAGGUAUAUAAUAUUCAAGUGUGCUGCUGUUACGGCGGUGGAAGUAAAUGGGAGCAAAGUAAGGCUUUGGAAAGUGGAGCCGAAAUCGUAGUUGCUACUCCUGGUAGAAUAAUAGAUUUAGUUAAAAUGAAAGCAACUAAUUUAUCUAGAGUGACGUUUUUGGUACUCGAUGAAGCGGAUAGAAUGUUUGACAUGGGUUUUGAACCUCAAGUUAGAUCGAUAUGCAAUCACGUGAGACCAGAUAGACAAACAUUAUUGUUUAGUGCGACUUUUAAAAAACGAAUUGAAAAACUUGCAAGGGAUGUACUGACUGAUCCUAUUAGAAUUGUGCAAGGUGACGUGGGCGAAGCAAACACAGAUGUAUCUCAACACGUUAUUGUCUUUUACAAUAAUCCAACGGGUAAAUGGACUUGGUUGAAUCAAAACAUAAUUGAAUUUUUGAGCACCGGCAGUUUGUUAAUAUUUGUGACUAAAAAGUUAAAUGCAGAGGAGCUGGCAAAUAAUUUAAAGCUCAAAGAAUAUGAUGUUUUACUGCUUCAUGGCGAUAUGGAUCAAAUCGAAAGGAAUAAAGUAAUCACUGCGUUUAAAAAACAAACAGUUAGUAUUUUAGUUGCGACAGACGUAGCAGCUCGAGGAUUAGAUAUACCACACAUUAGGACUGUUAUAAAUUAUGAUGUAGCUCGUGAUAUUGAUACUCAUACACAUAGAAUCGGUAGGACGGGUCGAGCUGGUGAGAAGGGCACAGCUUUUACACUUGUGACUGAAAGGGAUAAAGAAUUCGCUGGACAUCUCGUAAGGAAUCUCGAAGGAGCAAAUCAAGAUGUGCCAAAUAGUCUGCUAGAUUUAGCUUUACAAAGUAAUUGGUUUAGAAAAUCGCGAUUUAAAAGUGGUAAGGGCAAGCAAGUGAAUGUUGGUGGCGCAGGUUUUGGUUUCCGCACCAAAAACACAUCCAGUCAGAGUGGCCAGUUAGAUUCGUCGGCCUCCUCAUCCUCACACGUACCAAAGGACAUCAGUGAAGUAGUUAAGAAAUUAGAAAGAGCUGGUCCAGGUAGCGAUCGAUUAUCAGCGAUGAAGGCAGCAUUUCGAAGUCAAUACAAUACACAGUUCCGUGCUUCAUCGGAUCAUACAUGGGAGCAAACUAUUACGCCUCCUUCGUUGAUUAUGCCACCACCUCCUCCACCACCUCCAAGUGCAGGAUUGUCAAACACGCCGCCACCGGCGCAACCAGCGUGUGAUGAAAUAACAGAGAGCAGGACAAUAGACGCAGAGAGAUCGGAAAGAAAAAGACUUCGAAAAAGUCGAUGGGAGUGAUAAGAUUAUUUGUUAAGAAUGUAAUGUUUCGUCCCAUAUCCAAAGAACUAAUAAAAGUUCAAAAUUGAUCACUGA